AACUACUCCUCCACUACUGGCUUUGUUCUCACCAGCCUUUUUAACCAGAGUGGGAUGCACUUGUUCCUCUUCAGCAUGGUGGUAGUGGUCUACAUACUUGCCAUGACUGGCAAUGCUGCCAUGGUCCUCCUGAUCUGGGCUGAUGCCAGACUCCACACACCCAUGUACUUCCUCCUCAGUCAGCUGUCCUUCCUGGACAUCUUCUUCACUUCAGUCACUGUCCCUAAAAUGAUAGUGGGCUCCCUUUUUGGCUGGACCAGCAUCUCAUUUGGAGGCUGCGGGGCACAGAUGUUUUUCUUUAUGUUUCUGGGAGCAGCAGAGUGCCUCCUGCUGGCCCUCAUGGCCUAUGACCGCUAUGUGGCAAUCUGCAACCCUCUACGAUAUCCGAUUCUCAUGAAUUGCCAGACGUGCCUGCUCAUGGUAGUUGCCUCCUGGCUGGGAGGGUCCCUCAAUGCCUCUGUCCAGACUGUGAUGACACUACAGUUCCCCUACUGUGGCUCAAGAAAAAUUGCACAUUUCUUUUGUGAGGUGCCCUCACUGUUGAUGCUAGCCUGUGAGGACACAACAGCCUAUGAGCAGGUGCUCUUUGUGACUGGUGUGGUGGUCCUUCUAGUGCCCAUUGCCUUCAUCACCACUUCCUAUGCCCUUAUCCUGAUGGCUGUGCUCCGGAUGCGCUCAGUGGAGGGACGUCGGAAGGCCCUGGCCACCUGCUCCUCUCACCUGACAGUAGUCAACCUCUUCUAUGGACCCCUUGUCUACACUUACAUGUUACCUGCAUCCUACCACUCUCCUGGUCAGGAUGAUGUAGUAUCUGUCUUCUACACAGUCCUCACACCCAUGCUGAACCCUGUCAUCUACAGCCUCAGAAACAAGGAAGUGACUGGAGCAAUGAAGAAGGUUAUAGGGAAGUGUAGAGUCAGUAGGACUUCAUAG